AUGGCGGGAGUCAAGCGCAAACUCGACUCCAAAGGGUCUGCAGGUGCCACAGCGGCAGGCCCAGCCCCCAGUACUCCAAGUAAGUUUCCCCUGCUCUUGACCCAAGCCACGGUCUCUGAUCGUCGUCUAGACUCUACUUCUGCCGACUCUUCUCACGUGCGUGUCACGCGGAGUCAUCGGGCAAGCCAGGAUGCGCGGGCCGGUCCCAUCGAGAGCCACAGAAACCACGUCACGCCCAGCAAGAAUGGCCCGCCGCGCUUAUCGCGGAUCAUUACUCUCAAGACCCGGCCGUCGAAGCCGGAUUCUUUCCCAAAGAAUGUGGCCAACGCCUCUGCCGCUAAUGCAGCGAACAGCCCAGCGAAUCUGGCUCGUGAGACGCGAGCCUCUAGAACUCGAGCGGCGGCACCUGCUGUCCCUCCGAUGCCAAUUGUGCCCCCUGUUGAUGGGGAACCGUCACACAGCCCCGAAACUCCACGGCCCAAAAGAACGAAACGUGCGUCUAUCGCGGAAGAGACCCCGCGGACGACGCGACAGUCGGCCCGACUACGGUCACAUGGGAGUCUGAUCUCUAACGAAGACGCUCAAUCCGAAGAAGGGCCUGCCCCAAAGAAGCCCGAACCAAGUCCAUCUGCCGGCCUGGCUCCUGCUACCCGGACUAGAAAUCGGAGUCGGCACGUCAUCGAGAACAAUGACGCUGUCAAUGGUGCCAAUGAUGUUGCAAAAUACCUGUCCCCGGAGGGCAUUGCACCGGACGCCGUCGUCGACAAGUCCCAGGAUCCGGACAAUUCCAUGGAGCCGAAUACACAUUCCGCGGAACAGACCCAGAAACAGGGCUCUCCAUCUGACGGCAAAACGGAAAUGAACGGCCGGAUGAACGACGGCAUGAAAGAUGCAGCCAAGAGUAUGAAAACCCCCAGCCCGAUCCUGUCUCGCAAGCGCAGGGCUUCCGAACUCGGUCAGAGCGGCACAGGCGAGAAUUCCAGCGUGUCGGUCUCACCGACGAAGAAGCUGAAGCUGGAAGAAGGCGAACCAGAACAGGCCUCCGAACGGCAGGACCAAAGCACUGCCAAUGGCAAGAUGGAAUCACACUCCCCGGCGGAGGAAUCCAAAGUCGGAGAUGAAUCUCGCCAAAUCACAGAGGAAGUUGAAGGAUCAACGCCUGAGACUGUUCCGGAGCCCACCGCUGCCAAGGCAACGAGGGGUGGGCGUUACCGGGGCCGUGGUCGCGGGGGACGGAGUCGUGCUGGCGCCCGCUUUGCAGGGACCCGACGUGGACGGGGUGGAACCCGUACCCGAGGACGGUCAACUCGUCAGACGGACCGGUCGAGCGAUGUUGAAGCAGAACGAUCUCCUUCUCCAAGCGCCGCCACGCAACGGCUUCGGGACCGGCAGCGCGAAUUGGACAAGACAUUCAAGAGGGUUGCGGCGGCUCAGCGUCUCGCUUUGGCGGUGCUCGCCACACAGUCCCAGAAGAAGCUCGCGCGUGAUAAGAACGCUCACAAGAACGUCCCUGAGUGGGAAGAGGUCAACUAUCUCUUGAAAGCCCGGCUCCAGGAGCGGCAGGAGGUCUUUCGCCGCGAGUAUGAAUACAAAGUUGCCCAGGAGAACAGGCUCUUUGCCGCUUACCAGGAGGUCAUCGAGGAGCGAUUUAGGGCGUCCGCUCGUCAUAUACAGGAGGAGCAUUUACUGGCCAGCCAGGGCGAAUACAUGGCCUUUGUGGAGGGACGUCGCGCGGCGGAAGACGAUGAACAUACUGAGACGGACGGCUCUGAGACCGAGGCCGACAGAGGCCCUGUCGCACCACCGACCAAACAAUUUGUGAGGGGAUGUAACUCGUCCGCCGUGCGCAAUCCUGCUGGCGCUGCAGCAUAUGACCGCGGGAGGUUUGGCUGGGACGAUUUUGUCCAGCGUGCCAAGCUGGGAGACGAUAUCGAUCCGCAGAUGAAGCAGAUGAGGGAAUCGGGACCUUUGGCCGGCCUAUCCGCCUCCGAAAUUAUCAGUCUACUGCUGGAUGCCACGGGAGUGGUGGAGGUGCCCCAGAAUGGAGCGGAUGGGGCUCCGCCCACUACGUUGCCUGAUGUCCGCCCAACAGCCCUGUCUGCCUUGGCUGAUGCCGCGGCCGCGGAGCUGCCUCGUCCCUCUAUUACCCAGACCACUCCGCGGCUCCCUAGCCAUCGAACACUACUCCCGCAGCCGUCGACCGAUCAUCGACCCUUUGUUCUGCCACCACCUACGCCCCGACAACCGCCGCGUCGACUGUUACCUGCCGGGCAACAGAUUCCCGCCAUCUCCGAGCAUCUUGGAUUGCCCGACCCCUUCUCGCCGAUGGGCGGUCCCCCACAGCUCCCUCCUCCGCCGGGGUCGAACUUUCAGCGUCCUCCGCUACCUGGCUACUUGGCUGGCCCGCACCCGUCUAGUCGGUACUUCCCUCCGCCUCCGCCUCCGGGACAUCGCCCUCCAUACUAG